UCUUCUUCAAUCAUGAGGCAGGGGGCAUAAUGAAGCUUUAAUGGAGGACAGAGUAGUGAACACAAUCGCUGUAAUAUCAGUGAUUUUUCUGAUCACUUUUGUCGUCAUCGCUCGCGUCUUCUUAAACCGUUCAAGAGCCUUCUUCCUCAUCUUGGGGGCCGAUGUUGCCGUGAUCAUCGCAAUCUUCGCCUUCGUUCUCAUCCGAAGGCGAUUCAACCGUAGAAGAAGAUUGAUCGAGUCCCGAUUAAAAUCUGAAGGUAGCGAGCUCCGAAUAGAAUACAGCUUCUUACGAAAAGUCGCCGGCGUUCCGACCAAAUUUCGAUUCCAGGAGCUCGAAGAUGCCACCGGUGGAUUCCAGUGUCUACUCGGCCAAGGCGCCUCUGCUUCGGUCUUCAAAGGCAUUUUAAACGACGGCACGUUGGUCGCGGUGAAGCGAAUCAACGGCGAAGAACGAGGCAAGAAGGAGUUCAAAUCGGAAGUCGCCGCCAUAGCCAGUGUCCAGCACGUCAACCUCGUGCGCCUGAUCGGGUAUUGUAACUCCGCCGUAGCCCCUAGGUACUUAAUUUACGAGUUCAUCCCAAAUGGCUCUUUAGAUUCUUGGAUAUUUCCCAGUAAAACCGAAAAUCGAAGAUCGCGCCGUGGGUUUCUAUCAUGGAGCUUGAGAUACAGAAUAGCCAUUGACGUAGCCAAAGCUCUUUCUUACCUUCACCAUGAUUGCAGAUCAAGAAUCCUCCACCUGGAUAUAAAACCAGAAAACAUUCUGCUGGACGAGAAUUUCAAAGCAAUCGUCGCAGACUUAGGUCUGUCAAAGCUAAUGGGGAAAGAUGAAAGCCAAGUGAUGACCACAGUGAGAGGAACAAGAGGGUAUUUAGCUCCAGAAUGGCUCUUAGAACAUGGAGUUUCAGAGAAAACAGACAUAUACAGUUACGGUAUGGUCCUAUUAGAGAUCGUAGGAGGAAGAAGAAACGUGUGUUUGAUCCAAGAUCCGAGGGACAAGGAGAAGAAGAAGUGGGAAUACUUUCCCAGGAUUGUGAACGAGAAAGUGAGAGAGAACAAGUUAAUGGAAAUUGUGGAUGAGAGAUUGAUGGAAGGUGGGGGAGUGGAAGAGAGGGAAGUGAAGAGGAUGGUGUAUGUGGCAUUGUGGUGCAUCCAAGAGAGGCCAAGGGUGAGGCCAAAUAUGAAACAAGUGGUGGAGAUGCUUGAAGGUAGAGUAAUGGUGGAUCAGCCGCCUGAUACGAGAAUGGUUAUGGGAAAUUUCUUUUCAAUGGAAGGAGGAGAAGAAGAUGAAGCAGAAAGUUCCCAGACCGUCACAAGUUUGGCUGCUUAUUUGGCCAGCCAAAGGGCAACAGGAAAUUUGGACUAUGUAUCCACUUACUCCAUGGCCACCACGGUUCUAUCUGGUAGAUAGUGGAAUAGAUUGGAGUUAGAGUUGAAGUAAUUCUUCUAAAGGCAUGAUCUGUAUUCAUACCAACUCCAAUUCCAAUCUUGGCGUUUCACUGGUCAAAAUUUCUCUUGCAAGAAAUUUGGCCUAUGCAUGCAGCUGCUCCAUGGCCACCACGGUUCAUUCCCCCU